AUGUCGUCCACCAGCAACGCCUCCAUUGACAAGUUCAACGGAGACAAUUACGCAACGUGGAGCCGGUACAUGCGCGGUGUGUUUUUGACGAAGUCCGUCUGGCACGUUGUCAACCGUGAAGUGACUCCGACUUUCACCGACCCGCGAGCGUCCGAUGGCUACGUCAAGGCAAGCAACGUCGCGUUUGGUAUGAUGCUGCUGCACAUGAACGCGGACUACCAUCAUGUGCUGGACAACUGCGAGGAAGCCUGGGUUGCGUGGACAAGUCUGAAGACGCUUUACGGUGGGUCGCAGAAGGCAGGACGCAUCUACCUCAAGCGACAACUUUUCAGUAUCAAGAUGGCUGAAGGCGCGAACGUCAUGCAUCACUGCAACGAGGUCCUCAACAUCUCCGCCAAGCUUAGCGGCAUCGGUGCGAAGAUGGAAGACGAAGACGUUGCAAUUUGUCUGCUACUCAGUCUUCCGAAGAGCUACGAAAAUGUGGUGCUCAACAUGGAAAUGAGCAGCACCGAGCUUCGCACUCAAGAUGUGGUGAGAGUCCUGACGAAUGAGCAUGCCAAGCGUCAAGUAGAAAAAGGGACAACGACAGCGACUACGGUGAAGGCUGAAGAUGCAAGCAAGGCAUUCAGCGCCGAGCGUGAGCCCUACCAAUGCACGUAUUGUGGCAAGGUGGGACACACGGUGGAUCGUUGCUGGACAAAGCAGAAGAACGAAGGUCGGGGAGCCCGACGCGGCGGCAAUGGUCGUGGACGCGGGGCUAACAAUGUCCAGUGGGGACAUCAUGAUGAAGGCAAUGGCUACGAUCGAGUGGCGUUUGCAGUCUCGUUCGAAUGUGGAGUUUCGACGAGCAAGGACGUGUCUGGAAUGUGGGCCGUCGACAGUGGUGCAACGCACCACAUUUGCCACGACAAGACCAAGUUCGCAAGUUUGGCAGAGCGCAAUGAGGGCGAACUCUUGGUGGCUGAUGGCAACAAGGUGGCCAUCAAGGGUGUGGGAACCAUCAUGGAAAAGGUGGUUCUGCCCAACGGUGAAGAGCGUGAGAUCGAAAUCAAGAACGCGCUAUAUGUUCCAAGUAUGAGCAAGAACCUGCUCUCGGUGCCACAGAUUAACAGCCAUGGCAAGUUUCAAGUCGUGUUUGACGGGUCCAAGAUGUAUGUGACUCUCAAGAACUCACAGCAAGUGGUGGCGACAGCGGAUCUCGUGGAUGGACUCUACUGGCUUCCGGACGACUCAACGAUCAGCGAAUUCGAUGUACUUCGCAAGAUGAUCGCGACCAACAUGAUCAAGGAUGUGCGAGUCCCUCUCAAGUCGGGUGGAGCAACUACAUGUCGAGGAUGUCAACAAGGGAAAAUGGUCCAAAAACCAUUUCCAAGCAACCGAGACAAGCGCAGCUACGAUACGUUUGAGCUACUUCAUCUGGACAUCUGCGGGCCCAUGGAAAAGGAUUCGCUCGGUGACAGCAAAUAUUUGCUGCUGAUCAUCGACGAAGCCAGUGGAUGCAUGAAGGGCUUUUGUCUACGAGUGAAGUCCGAGAGUGAAGACUACAUCCGGAAAUAUAUCACCAUGGUACAGACGCAAUUCUGUAAGAAGGUCAAGUUCGUGCGACACGACGGAGCUCGCGAGUUUGCAACCAACUCGCUUCAACUGUUCUACGAAGACGAAGGCAUUGAACAGCAGACAACGGUGCCGCAUGCACAUCAAACAAACGGAACAGCAGAGCGUGCCAUUAGGACUAUUGUCACGAUCGGCCGCAGCAUGCUUCAUCAUGCCAAACUGGACAAGUGUUUCUGGGCCGAAGCAGCGAUGACGGCCAUCUACGUCAAGAAUCGACUGCCGUCACCUAAAGUCGUGCACAAGACCCCGUUUGAGAUCGUCUACAACUUGAAACCAAGCGUCAAGCACAUGCGAACAUUCGGGUGUCAGACAUACAUACUGACGCCUAAAGAGAAUCGACUCAAGUGGGAUCCAAAGGCUCGCGCUGGCAUAUUCGUGGGCUACGAAGAAGUUUCGAAGGCAUAUCGUGUUUAUGACAUCGAGGCGGGGCAGGUGGUUAUCAGCCGCGAUGUCAACUUCGACGAGUCCACCUUUGGACUUCAACUGCCGAUCACUGAUGAAGAUGUCGAUGACCUGGACUUCGAAUUGCUGGAUCUUGAUGACGAAGAGCUGCGUCAAAUGGAGUACAAGCAAACAGGCAAGCGCAAGAACCGACUCAAUGAUGAAGAUACAGCAGCUCCACGACCGCGUGCAGUGCGUCAACGACCAGGACUAGAAGAGUCAAGCGCACCGGAAAACAACUCGUCACGACAAGAAGAAGACGAAGAAACGAAGGAUUCUGGUGAUUCAACACCGCCUGUGUUUUGGCGUGCGAGUGCAAAUGCCGUUGAAGCAGCAGUGGACUUAUCAGAACCCUCAACAUUUGAAGCAGCAGUAAGCGGCCCUGACCAAGUGCACUGGAGAAAAGCAAUUCAUGCAGAGCUCGAGUCAAUGCGACUUCGCGGUGUGUUUCGUGCAGCCAAGCUGCCCAACGGACAACGCGCCAUUGGCACAAAAUGGGUGUUCAAGAUCAAGCGCAAGGCGGAUGGGUCCAUCGAGAAGUACAAGGCACGUCUCGCGGCAAAGGGCUUUCGCUCAAAGUAUGGAAUCGACUACACGGAGACGUUUUCGCCCGUGGUCAAGCAUGUGACGCUGUGA